UCCUUCUUCCACUACCAAGCCCUUCGGAAAAGGAUACAUACACAUCUGAACCUUUCAUGCUGCUAACGUUUGUCUGGAGAACACUCCUUUUUACAUCCAUAAGACUUUUUUUCAAGUAGUUGCACAUUCCUACAAAUCAUGUACUAGUCUUCGUUAAAUACAGUCUUAUUUAGUCAUAUGUCUAGUUACUUUAACCCUUUGAGACCUAACAAUACAAUCCUCACUGGAAAUUGCUAGCAAAACAUCUUUAAAUGUAAUGAUAUUCUUGGAGUUGAGGAUACAAACAAAAAGGCUUUCUGGAUGUAUCUAUUUUUAGCAAAAGAAUGUCUGUGGUAAGUCCUGAAUCUAAUGAAACCAUUUAAACUAAAUCAUAAAAAACAGGUGUUCCUUGUAGCUAUGGUAAAGACCAAAAGAUUCAUCUGUCUGGAUCUUUGACGCCCUCUGGUGGAGACUCACAAAAAUAAUUACUCAUGGCUGGGGGGGCGGUGGUUCGUAAAGAAUGAAUGAGGUAUAAAAUUCUGAUCAUAGUGAAAAGACGGGGGUAUUUUUGCUAAGCCUCAUUUAACAAAGACACUGAUUGAAAUUAUUCCUGCGAUCGCAUGUUAUACAUGGCAGUACAGUGGGAUGUGAGUUAGAACAAAAGAGACUGAAAGGAAGCAAAAGUUGAAGAUAAAUAUCUUUCUAUGAAAGAGAUUUUUAAAAUCGUCUGUUGGCAGCCACGACUGCUUCGUUUUUACAUACAGAACGUUUCUACUGUGUUUGAAAUAAUGCUCUGGGGCUCAGUAUAAAAUAGGCAACUUAAAAGAUCUACAUCGCCGAGCGGAAGUGUCUUUCCUACUAGCCCGUUAGCCCCCUCUGAAAAGGGAGCGUGUUGGGUGCGCACUGUAUUACUCAGAGGUUCAGUCUUUCUGGAUGCAUCUCCGUGAUUUGGAUUCAUAAUCGAGCUACAAAGCCCCGAGGCGACCAAAACACCUGCAAAAAAGUCACGUUAGCCGAGGAAGGCAACACUUGGGCGCGUGAUUUCCAACCCAGCAAACUGACCUGGUUGAUCCACUCUUCCCCCGCCCCCCGUCUGCCUGCUUGCCUUCCAUAUUGGAGCAGAGGAGGUGGUGGCAGCGGUGUGACUCAUGCCUGCGUCUGAACAGAUCAACCGGCGAUUCACUCUUUAAAAAAAAAAAGCAAAUCCAAGCACUUGUGGGGAAAGGUCAUCUCGAAUUAAAUUCCGAGGCGCGGCUGGUUUUCCGACGUCGUUUCUCGCGGAGUUUAUAAGCGGCGACUCCUUCCAAGGUUAGAAUUCCCCUGGCGUUUUGGACACUUGGAGUAAGUGUGGGCUCGCUCUCCUCCGCGUAAAUUCUUUACUGUCCAUCCACCAGAGGAAUAUUGGAGGAAAAUACGGGAUCGAAGGAGUUUGAUUUUUGAACUGAUGGCAUCCUCUGCUCCAUCCUCCUCCAACACCGCUCAGGAUCCCAACCCAACUAAUUUACGACCCACAACUUACGACACCUGGUGUGAUGUGGCUCAUGGAUGUACCAGAAAAAUUGGUCUCAAAAUAUGUGGGUUCUUGCAAAGAAACAAUAGCCUGGAAGAUAGAGGUCGGAUUGUGAGCUCCCUGAAGGAAAGGCAAUCUUCCAAGAACCUGCUGGCUUGUGAGAACAGCGAGAGGGAAGCCAGGUUCAGGCGGGCCGAGACAGACUUCUCCAAUUUAUUUGCUAGAGAUUUGCUGCCUGCCAAGAAUGGCGAGGAGCAGACCAUGCAGUUCCUGCUGGAGGUGGUGGACAUUCUCCUCAACUACGUGAGGAAGACGUUCGACAGGUCCACCAAGGUCCUGGACUUCCAUCACCCGCACCAGCUGCUGGAAGGGAUGGAGGGUUUCAACCUGGAGCUCUCGGACAACCCCGAGUCCCUGGAGCAGAUCCUGGUGGAUUGCAGGGACACGCUGAAGUACGGAGUCAGGACAGGUCAUCCUCGUUUUUUCAACCAGCUCUCCACUGGACUGGAUGUUAUUGGCUUGGCUGGUGAAUGGCUGACGUCAACUGCAAAUACUAACAUGUUUACGUACGAAAUUGCACCUGUUUUUGUCCUGAUGGAACAAAUAACACUUCGAAAGAUGAGAGAGAUUAUUGGAUGGUCAAAUAAAGAUGGUGAUGGAAUAUUCUCACCUGGCGGGGCUAUAUCCAAUUUGUACAGCAUAAUGGCUGCUCGCUACAAAUAUUUCCCUGAAGUCAAAACUAAAGGCAUGGCUGCAGUUCCAAAACUGAUUCUCUUCACCUCAGAACAUAGUCACUACUCAAUAAAGAAAGCUGGGGCUGCACUUGGGUUUGGAACAGAAAAUGUGAUUUUGAUAAAAUGCAAUGAAAGAGGGAAAAUAAUACCAGCUGAUUUGGAAGCCAAAAUUCUGGAAGCUAAGCAAAAGGGACAUGUUCCACUUUAUGUAAAUGCAACAGCAGGCACAACAGUAUAUGGAGCCUUUGAUCCAAUAGACGAAAUUGCAGACAUAUGUGAAAAAUAUAACCUCUGGCUCCAUGUAGAUGCUGCUUGGGGAGGAGGACUUCUAAUGUCCAGGAAGCAUCGUCAUAAACUGAAUGGAAUAGAAAGAGCCAACUCAGUCACAUGGAAUCCACACAAGAUGAUGGGAGUUUUGUUACAAUGUUCGGCCAUUCUGAUUCGGGAAAAGGGUAUACUUCAAGGUUGCAAUCAGAUGUGUGCUGGAUAUCUGUUCCAGCAAGACAAGCAAUAUGAUAUAUCCUAUGACACUGGCGAUAAAGCAAUACAGUGUGGACGUCAUGUGGACAUUUUCAAAUUCUGGUUGAUGUGGAAAGCUAAGGGUACAGUAGGAUUUGAAAAUCAGAUCAACAAAUGUCUGGAAUUGUCAGAGUACUUCUAUACUAAAAUUAAAAACAGAGAAGAAUUUGAGAUGGUUUUUGAUGGUGAGCCUGAACACACAAAUGUAUGCUUCUGGUAUCUUCCUCAGAGUCUCAGGGGAAUACCAGACUCUGAGGAGAGAAGAGAAAAACUACGUAAGGUGGCACCGAAGAUCAAAGCGCUGAUGAUGGAGUCAGGUACCACAAUGGUUGGAUACCAGCCGCAGGGAGAUAAAGCCAACUUCUUCCGAAUGGUUGUCUCAAACCCGGCAGCAACUAAGUCUGACAUUGACUUCCUCAUUGAAGAAAUAGAAAGAUUGGGGCAGGAUCUGUAAUACUCUUGGCAAACUAUUUCUCUAGUCCAUUGUUUUCCAGCACUGGCUAUUUUUUACCCAGUUCUGCAGAACACACUUUAAGGAAAUUCCCUUUCUAAAUGUUCCAUGUUCCUAGGAUGCUCUACAACAACAAAAAUCUAUAGGUUACUGCAGGGUGCUGGAAUAAUUUGUAUUAUGGGGUUGCUGAGAGUCAUUGACCCAUACUGUAAACCUUAUAUAUGAUGGAAAACAUCCCUAGUUCCAGCACCUAUGGUUACUGUAACAUACAUGAAUUGGAAGGUCAUUUCACUGAAGGAAAAUAUAUUGUCUUGAAGUGUACUAUUGAUUCUUAUUUAGUCUGUUUAUUAUAGUAAUCAGAGAACUAAUAACUAUUAAAAUAGAGAAUUAAGAACUCUGCAUAAUAUAUAUGUACAAUAUAUAUAUAUAAAUGGUUAUGAACGUAGAACUAAGCCACAGCAUGUUUUCCACUGUAAGAGAACUAACUUUUCCUUCAACAGUUAAAAAUGUGGACAAUGUGUUGCAGAUCAGUCUACCGGAUGCAAAUAUCUGUAAAGAAACAUUUUAAAAAAUGUAGAUUCUUAGGCGCUAAGGAAAAUGUUUAAUAGUAUUAAACCUUAUUGUUGGUGCUUCUCUCACAUAUAAAAAACAAUGGUUCCUAAAAGCACCUCCCAGUAAGAUAGCUGUAUCUCCCGUUAGUGUCAUAUCAGGGGAUAAUAGUAGCAGAGUCAUUGUAACAGGUAUAUUAUUGCUGUAUUUUUAGAGAUUAAUUUGUGUAGAUUGUGUAUAUUGUUAAAUGACUUUGUGAAAAGGAAUUAAAUGUAAUAGUUUUACAGCCAGAUAACUGUUCAAUUCUAGGUAUAUAAAAUAUUUGCUUAUUUAUAUGCAGAGAUUUACCAUGCUAAAGAGUCGUCUUGUAUUUUCUUCCAUUUGUAAUGUAUCCUAUUUAUAUAUUAUUGAAGUUCUAAAUAAUGUUUAUGGUAUUUUAGUGUAUUUGUGAGCCAAAGAGAUGAUAAAAUAUUAGUUGACACUUUCAUUUAUAUAAUAGUGACCUUAAAACAACAACUUACAGAUAAUUUUACUGAUCACUAGGAAUUCUAACAUUGUAUAUAGAUUCUAGUAUAAUUAAAUCCCUUUACUUUAAUAGACUCUUCACCUUUUAUUAAUUGUAAUGUCUGCCUCUAUGUCCAGUGUUCUGAAUGCUUAUCUAGUGAAUAUUGGAUAAUAACCAAGGCUCCUGUACAUCUGUUGUAGUUCAGGACCAAUCGCUGACUAGUUUAGCUAAAUUCUGUGGCAAGAUUCCUUAAAGUCUGUAGCAAAUCCCUUAAAGUAUUAACCAGGUUUAUUAAUUUUUUGUAGAAGGGGAAUUCAUUAUGUACUUUGCAAUCUACAAGACAGGAAAAGAAAAACUCACCACAGAAUGUUUAAACACAGCUGGUUUGUCAUCAUAGUUUUAACUGAUCAGAUACUUAAGAAUAUAGACACCAGAGUAAUCUGCUGCCCAUUGAGUUUUUAAUUCGCUAGGUAACCAGUUCUACAAAGUACUUGAUUUUUUGUGCUGGCAGACCAGCAAAGUGUGGAAUCAAAUAAAGGCUUAAUGACUACAGAAUGACUAUUGUAAUAAUAACUGAAAUCUGCGGAUUCAAAAUCUUUUCAAAAUAUGCUGCUAUGGCUAUUGUACAUGAAAGUCUGUAAUAAGCUACUUUUCUUUCAAAUCUGAAAUAACAUUUAGUUGCAUUAGAUAUAUUCUAUUAAAUGAAUGUAAAAAGACACCCUUUGUUUUAAAACUACUGUAAUACUCUGUCCAAAAAAUCCCUCAGGCUUUGUGUUGCUUUUUCAUUUAUUUAGAGGGAUGAGACCCUCACCACCUCUCCACCCCCUUUAUGCCAUGUGAACGGGCUGCAGUGGCAUGAAGUGGCCCUAAAGCCUUGACUGUAGCCAGAAGAGGAUUCCCCUAAUGCAGGCAGUAUAGAAGACACAUAAGGUUGGCUUAGUAGGCGUGCUGGAGAAGGCAGGAGUGUGUCAGAGGCAGGAUCAAAUCCCAACUUUCCAGCCCCUCAAGCAGCCCAGGACUGGGAAGGUGCAAAGGUGACUUAAAGCCACCAUAAUCCCCUUGGGCUGCAAAUUCUAUGAGGGACCCAUGAUCUUUAGACUAAAUAACAGUUGGCUAUUCCAAACACCAUGUUUAAACUGUCUCACAUAGCUAGGAUAGCUUGGGGCAUAGUGACCUCCUACAGAUGGAAAAACUGAUAAUUCCAAUUCAGAAGUCAGACUGGGCCUACCACUGUUAAAUUUCCAGGUCCCAACGUUCUCAUUCUGAUGUAAGAGCACUCCAUGCUUCUUUUGUCACCAGAACUUUUCCAAAAUUUACAAUGAUGUGUGGAUAGCUAGUCAUUCUCAAGCACUGGUUUCUCUUUUCCUAGAGAUCCGGUAUACCUCUCUCCUCCCUUGCCCUGUGUGAAAGCUUUUUAUUGAAAUCCAUUUUCUAAUAACCUCAUUGGAGUCAAGUUCAGGGCUUGUUCCACUUCUGUUAUUCUCUUUUUGCCUCCUAACUAUAACAUAGAGAAGAUGAUAUCCUUCUGGCACAGUUGUCAUUCCAAUAGUGCCAUCUCCUUAAGGCAAUGUUUUUACUUCACACAAUUGGUGCAGAUAGUUGCAGUGGACCGUGUUUUUAUAGUCUUGCAUCUUGACCUUUCAGAAUAGUCUUGAUAUGUCAUCAUCUCUUCUUUGAUACUAGCAGCAUUGAUGUAAAAGUAAAUGAUAGAAGAUCUGAAUUCUACUACCAUGAGUAUUCUUAAUAUCAGUAUUCAUUCUGACUUCAAUUUUUUUUAAAAUCCAAAUGCCAUUCUCUGUAGAUGCAAGCCAUUUCUCAUUCCAUGUCCGUUCUCCUACUCACAUGGCUGAUCUCAUGUGUCUUGAGAGGAUCUUUUUUUUUUUUUUUUU